CAUGACCCAUACAAUUUUUUUUUGGUCCCUUUCUUUAUUCAGAAAAGAAGAGUAGCCCGAGACUCUGGGAUCUUGCUGCUUUUAAGCAGAUUUCUUCUUCUGUUUGAAAACUUUCUCCAGAGUGUGAAACCCAGAAAGAUGGCUGCAGCUGGAUUGGCACACUGUCUAUCCCAUCGUCCAGUUCCUACUAUCCUAUCUUGGCUGCUGUACAGAAAGAAUAAGUCCUGUUACCCUCGCCACUACAGGGCAGCAAUCUGCAGGGAACUGAAGGUCCCCUUGACUAUUGAAGAAGUCCCCACUCGUCCCAUCCAACCUGAUGAGGUCAGAGUUGAUGUUCAUUUCUGUGGGGUUAACUUUGCAGACAUCUUGACCUGUCGGGGGCUGUAUCAAGAGAGUCCAUCACUUCCCUUCACACCUGGAUUAGAGCUUGCUGGACAGGUAUUGGAAAUUGGCACAAAUGUCAACACCGUAAAGGAGGGAGAUCGUGUUAUUAGUGUGAAUAAUUUUAGCACCAUGGCUGAACAAUGCAUUGUUGAUCAGAAGAAACUGUGGCAGAUUCCAGAUGGGAUCUCCUACCAAGAAGCUGCUGCCCUUCCUGUAUGUUAUGGCACUGCCAUCUUAGCCCUGGAACAGCGGGCACAGACAAAGCCUGGGGAAACUGUUUUGGUGACGGCGGCAGCUGGUGCCACAGGUCUUGCCUUGAUAGAUGUAGCAUCAAACAUUCUCCAAGCCAAGGUGAUUGCAGCAGCUGGAAGUGAUGAGAAGUGCCAACUGGCAUUAAAGAGGGGAGCAAAGGCUGCUGUGAACUAUAGCCAGGGCAAUCUGAAGGAGGAACUGAAGAGAUUAACAGGUGGUCAGGGAGUCGACGUGGUCAUCGAUGGUGUGGGAGGUGAUGUUUGCCUCACUGCCCUCCGCAGCCUGGCCUGGGAGGGCAGGAUGGUGGUGAUAGGCUUUACAGGAGGAUCAAUUCUGUCUAUCCCGUCCAAUCUCCUCCUGCUGAAGAACGUGUCGGCCAUGGGCGUGUACUGGACCCGAUAUCAGAAAGAGAAUUUCCCUGUCUUCUCAAGGUGCAUGUCCUCAGCUCUUCAGUACUAUAAGGAAGGAUCCAUCAGACCCCACAUUGGAAGAGUCUUUAAGCUGGAGGAGAUCAAUGAUGCCUUUGAACAUGUGACCCAGCGUAAAACUACAGGCAAGGUCAUCCUCUCUGUUAAAUGAAUCUGCUUGUGAAGAUUUGGAUGUCAAAGUCUUUCUUGCUGCUCCUUAGGAAUAUGUUGUCUCCACACUCCUGCAGUCUAGAGAGAAUAAGAAUGUGCAGCAAAUGGGCUCUCACACUGCCAUGUUUUUUUUUUUUUUCCCUGCACUGGACUCCCAUAUCUAGAAGGCACUUCUUUACCCCAGCAUUCUAAAUACACAGCGAAUGCCACUUCCCAAUCCUGUUCUCCACUCUCUCCUUCGCCUACUUAGAGCUCUCUCUUUCUGGAAAUCACCUUGUUUCACUUUCUAUGUAUACUUUUCAUCUGCACAAAAGCUCCUUGAGGGCAAGCUGUAAUUUUAGUUUUUGGAAAGUGUGCAUAGAUUUAGAAAGAAUGGACGCUUCCCCAGCAUCACAUCACCUUGUGCAAAGGAAGUGAUUAAAGUAAGGGCAGCUGAGCACAUUGGGUAGUGUGCUGGUCAUGGAGUCAAGAAGAUUUAUCUUUCUGAGUUCAAAUGUGACCUCAGACACUUACCAGCUGGCAAGUCAUUUACUCCUGCUUGCCUCACUCUUGCCAUUUGUAAAAUAAGCUGGAGAAGGAAACAAAAAAAAUAUCCCAAAAGGGGUCAUGAAGAGUUGGACACUAUUGAGGAACAGGUGGGGCAGCUGGGCAACAGAUUAAAGGAAGAUCUGAGUUCAAGUUUAGAUUCAGAUACUCGCUAGCUAUGUGACUCUGGGCAAGUCAUUUGACUUCUGCCUUAGUUUCCUGUGAAAAAAGAGGCAUAAUAAUAGACUCUACAUCCUAGGACUUUUAUGAGGAUCAAAUGAGAUAUCUGUAAAGUAUUUAGCAAAGAUUCUGGAAUAUAAUAGGCACCCAAUGAAUGUUUAUUCCUAUCACUUCCCCCUGAACAAUGGCAGAGUGACUUUAAACUUCUUUGUACAGGGCUGGUUGAUAGGGAUGAUAGGAACCAAGUCUUUUUGGAUAAGUGCUUUAUGUUGUCUUGGGCACAGUGUACCCAAAAUUUCUCUUUAGGUAGAUAUCAGAUAUUAGGUAGAUCAGCAUGGCUCCCUUGAUACCUGCAAAGGAUAAUAAAAACCCACAUCUCCUGGAUGACAUCAUGCUGUGUCACCUACUGGGUGAGAUUUGAAUUUCUUCUUUGCCCAAGUCUGCAUUGAAAAAAGCUGUUAAAAGCCUUCCUGAAACAGGACUUGAUUGGUUGAUUUUUUUUCAUAAAAAUCUUUGGUUUUGCUUUCAUAAAAAUCUUUCUAGUUCUAGAAUAUCACUAAGUAGUAGGGGUUUCUUAACUGCCAAGUUAAUGAGCAGAAGGUUUAGUGAAUUAAAAUAAGGAAAUAAACGUGCUUUAUAGUGUGACUACACAUUUUCUUUCUUCAUGGGCCCUUUUCUUCUUUGUCCCCUUCCAUGGUCCAGCCAAAGAAUUCUUACAUGGUACUCUGCUUGCCUUCUCAAAAUAUAUGACAUACAGUUUUUUCUAAAAUAAAACAAAUUAAAAUUAACUUUACUUAGAGGAUCUCAUGAUCCCCACUCAGAUAGGAAAAAUCAUUCCAGAUGUCAGAGGAUCAUCAGUUCUGCAUUAUUACAUGCAGUUGGCAGAUUGUCCAGGCUUAGCUUAGUCAGACUUUCUGACAUAUAGUAGGCGCUUAAUAAAUUCUAGGUGAAUGACUUUUUUUUUAAAGUUUUU